AUGCCCCCCAAAGCCGCCGACAAGAAGCCCGCCUCCAAGGCACCUGCUACUGCCAGCAAGGCUCCCGAGAAGAAGGAUGCCGGCAAGAAGACCGCGGCUUCUGGUGACAAGAAGAAGCGCUCCAAGACCCGCAAGGAGACCUACAGCUCUUACAUCUACAAAGUUCUGAAGCAGGUCCACCCUGACACUGGUAUUUCCAACCGUGCCAUGUCUAUUUUGAACUCGUUUGUCAACGACAUUUUCGAGCGCGUUGCUACCGAGGCAUCCAAGCUUGCAGCCUACAACAAGAAGUCCACCAUUUCUUCCCGAGAGAUUCAGACGUCUGUUCGUCUUAUUUUGCCCGGUGAACUUGCCAAGCACGCUGUCUCUGAAGGUACCAAGGCCGUCACCAAGUAUUCCUCGUCCACGAAAUAA